AGUUAUUGUCCUUAUCCGUAUCGGUAUUAUGUCUCAUAGGAGCUCCUCUGCUGCCUCAGACCUGCAGACGAUUCUUAAGAUUACCAGUGCCGUCUGUUUAGUAGCUGCAGCUGGCUACGGCGCCUAUAGGGUUUAUCGUGGUCAUCGGGAGGACUUCGAAAAUGAAAGUGAUUGCGGCACCAACCAGAACGACGGCGACCAGGCAGCAGCGAACACUCCUGCGGGUCCACCUAAAGGCCCAUCGACGACAGAAAGUGAUUCCCCGGAUGAAGCUGAGGCACCUCCUUCCGCAAGUAAAAUUUUCGAAGCACCAGAUGAGCUCAAACUGACAGAGUCAGAGCGUGCACCUACAACUUCGAGCGGCUCGAAAUUGAAGACCGAGUUUGAUAAUUCCUCCAGUGAGAGUGGGAAUGGACAGGUUACUGGAGCUGCGACUAACAUACGUCAGGGUGGAAGCCUUCUGGACGAGUCACGGUCUUUGAAACGGAGUAAGCAGAAGCUGGUCGACGAGGUGGACAGUUUAUUACGCAAUAUCGCAGCCCAUGGUCAGUACCCACCAGCUGAUAUGGUCGAUCGUCUGCGUGCAUUGAUCGCUGAGGUACAUGUCCGAAUGGGAGAGUCUGGGCUUCGCAACGUUAAACAACUAUCCAAUGCCCUGUCAUUCGUCACCAGUGAAUGGCUGUUCUACCACACUCUUCGAACAUGCCCGGAGCUGACAUGGUCCGGUGUCUCUGGGUAUAUGAAUCAGGCCUUCACUGACGAUAAGGAGAAGGAGAUGGCCGAUAGACUCGCCAGGACCUUCAAAAGGGCAUUUUGGGAUUUGCAUAGGGAAGACCUGCAGAAGCGGCCCCCAGAUUACUCCUUCGUUUUCGCCAGGUUGUCGGAGCUACGGUCGAGAAUGUGCAGUUUUUUGCCCCAAGUCCGAGCGGAUCUGGCAAGGCAGACUGAGUUCGCCUCUCGCCUGGACCUGGAGCUUCUCAAGCAGCAGAUAGAACAUCAAGCGUUUGACCGGGAGACAUUCGUGCAGGUGCUCAGAGUCGUGGUAGACAUGUUGUAUCGUCUGGAGUCCCCGGCAUCACACAAGAAAACUGUUCAAUGGUUCGAGGAAGAUAUAAUGAAGAAGCCAUCCCUCAGCGAAUACGGUUCUGCCGAGGAUGCUAUGAAGGCGUUCCACGAGGAGAUAGUUGACUCUCUGUCUUUCCUAUUCGAGCAGUGUGACGUUUUAGAGGCUGAGCUGCAGAGUUACAGGACUACACAGGUCUCGAUGAAGGAGAGGAGACAACUUGAAUUUGAACAUUUCAUGCGGAUGAUUGAUGUCGGCGUGGUAGAUCUGUCCGCGUCAAAGAAAAUGUUUCGUAAUGGCCUCUUGAAACUCGGUGACAACGCGCAGAGUAUUGUGGAAGCUAGUCUGCAGUCGGAAGCACUCAUGCAUCAACUGGCGGGCCGACUACUCCUCUUGGAACUAGCCGAGUUAUGCUGCCAUGGCGUUGACAAGGAGACCUUGCAUGACAGCCAUGAGAUACCUGAACCUUUGAGACCCGAUACUUCGCGUUUGAUCCAGUUUGCUCACGAGUUGAUGGCCACGGCUGAGCUUGCUGCGAUCGCUGUUGUUCUGCACCAAUUCAAGUUAUCGUCAAAACUCACGACCAAUGUUGCAGUCAUGACACGUAUGUUCGAAAGACUCUGGAGGGUUAUUGAGGCUAAGAGUGUUCUGGCAACGCUCCCUGAAAAGCAGCUUCCUGGGAGACAGGCCAAUAGGGCUCCAGGGGAAAGUAGUUCGGAGUCACAGCAUGACGAGACGACCUCUGAUGAGCUGCUGCACGAGAUAAUCACCGCAAUGUCUGAGGUUGGAUUGGACAUCAGGACUGAGCUGAUUGAGAAUGGCAAGAUUGACAGGAUGAUCGUUGCACUCAACGGAUGUCAGCGAGAUAUUGAGAAGCCGUCGACUCAACAAACUGCGGUUAUACGACUGCUUUCCUCGAGGGUUCAGAAGUCGUUCGAAGCUGCACUCGAGAAAGCGGGUGAACCUUCGUCCCGUGUGUCCGGGGCUACAUCAGCCUCGACGGCCAGUGGAAGUACUGAGGCUGCUACUGCAUCGGAUAGUGGUGGUGAAGUUCCGAAAAGUCCGAGGACACCUCUUGCACGCGACUCACCCGCUAAUACGGAAGCUGCACGGGAGCGUCUUGCAAUGCUGUUACUACCUCGUGGAUGCCUAGGAAGCCAGCCAUGGACGCUAGCGUUGGUUGAAGGCAAGAUGCGACAGCUCUUACAAGUCUUCUUGUCGUUCGUCGGGGACCAUAUGUGUGUUUACGCGCCGAUAUAUGUGCAGACCUUCCGGGCUGAAAUUGAGCGAAUGCAUCAAGAUCGAGACCGUCUUGGUGGAGGCUAUGCUGGACAAGGCGCCACCAUGUUGGCACAAGAUCUUUUUGCGGGAGUAACACAAAUCGAGGCGCGCUAUGCUGGUUUGGUGCACAAGAUUGGUGGGGUCCGUGCUUGCGUCCGACCAGAGUGGGGUAAGCACAUGGUCAUCCCUCAGGAUACCUUGUUCAAGUCGAACGUUCAGCAGAUUUUUAAACCUGCGGUUGGACUCGAUGUAGCAAAUAGCGCUGUACUCGUGGACGGUGGUCAAACCGUUCCUUAUGACUAUUUGGUCAUCGCUACUGGCGCCGUCAAUAGUGGCCCUGCUGAUCCUCCCGUCACACACACCAUGACCAAGCAGAUUCUCGACUUCUACGAGGAAACCGCCAGAGCCAUUGAGGAGGCGAAAGACAUAAUGUUCAUUGGUGGUGGGCCUGUGGCUAUUGAGAUUAUCGGGGAAAUAAACCAGAAGUAUCCCAGCAAGAAGCUGAGUAUCAUCACGAAGGGGAACCGAAUCCUCCAGCCUGGAGCUCCCAAGGGCCACGAAGGGUUUUUACCGUCGGAGUUUAUUUCCCAAGUCGAAUCUGAAUUAAAGGAGCUUGGUGUCUAUAUUCGAUCUGGGGUCACCACCAAGAGCAUUACUAAAGAACAGUUCAAGGGCAAACCUUUCCUCAAAAAGCCCGGCGUGGUUCAUUUCUCUGACGGAAGUUCAGCAAAUCCUGACCUGAUAUUCUGGUGCACGGGGUCAGAACCCAACACCAGUUGGCUCCGUGACAGUGCCGGUUUUUCUGAUGAUACUUUCGAUCAACGUGGACGGGUUAAAGUCGAUGACUACCUUCACGUGGCUGGACAUCAGAACAUCUUUGCCAUUGGGGAUUGCAACACUGUUAACGAAGAGAAGAUGAUGGCCACUGCCGGCACUUAUGUGGGGAAGCCCCCGAACUGGCCUAAAGGUCAAGCUGACACGGCUCUAGAGAACAUAGUCCAGCAAGAGCUGGGCUCAUCGCCGAGAAUGUAUCGGCGUCCAGAUAUCAUCCAUAUGGCGAUAACACUCGGCCACUUGCGUGGAGUAACUACUGGGCUUCCUGCUCCAGCGGCUCAGCUGAAGAGUGAACAGUUCUUUGUUGACAAGCAAUGGCACUUGGCCAGGAAGGCGGAACCGCAUCUCUACAGACUAGAUCCUGCCGAAAAGAUCGGCCAUCACUGAGAAUCACAGCAUUCUGCCGAUAAUCUGGGUAAUUUCUCUAGUGAAAACGUUCAUGAUAUCACUGAGUACACAGCCCUUUACAUGUCUUGUCGCUGAUGAGUAUGUGGCGCAUCGUCAUUUGUUGCUAGAGUGGUCGUAGUUUUGUUCGUG